AUGGGGUAUGCGCGCAGCAUGAGCGGCGUCCUGUGGACGGCGGGGCUGGCUGUCGCCAUUGGUGCGCUGAUCGCGCUGCCUUGGGAGGCGGCGGUGGACUCUGAGCUGGUGCGCGACACGACGCAUGAUUACGAUGGCGUGGCGGCGCCGGUCGACAACGCCGCGUAUGUGCGCACGACCGAGGGGAUCUAUUCGCAUGGCACUCGCCUGGACGCAUGGGUCUUCAUUCCCAAGGGCCUUUCAAAGUAA